GAAUUUAUUUUCUUCAGCAUAAUAUUUCUUCAUUUUAUUUAAAUUGAUUUCAACAGUCUUCUUAUGAAAACAGUACUGCAGAUAACGGAAAAUAUUUACCUACUGCAACUUAGAUUUAAGUGAUGCACUAAACUCAUCCAAAUUUUCUUUCCAAGUUUUAAAUUCUUCUUGAGUUAGCCUGUGGUUUUUUCUGACAUGAAACAAUGCAGCAUCUUUUCUAGUGAAACUCGAUCCACAUCCAGGAACGAAGCAAGGAAAUCUGAUUCCAGAAUGUUCAAGCUUAUGAAUAUGAAGUUUUGAAGGACAUAUAAAACAUUUUCCGCACACAUCACAAACAUGAUUUUUGAUUCUUAGGUGAGUAAAUUUAACAUGAAUCUGUAAUCUGGGUUUAGUUGCGAAACUCUUUCCACACAUAUCACAAAUGAAAGAUUUUCCCUCGUGAAUUUGUACGUGAACUUUAAGCAAUUUUUCUGAGAAAUAGGCUUUUCCACACGCAUCACAAAUGAAAUCUGCUCUUGAGCUGUGAUUAUGAAGUUUAUGUGCUUUUAAUUCAUUAUUUUUAAAGAACUUGCGGUCACAAAUAUCACAUGAAAAGUUUUUCACUCUCUCAUGGACUCGUUGAAUAUGUGUUUCAAGAACUUUUUCAUUUUUAUAAAAUUUUCCACACAGUAAGCAGUUAACCGUAGAUUUUUUACGAUUAUGUCUCGCUUCAUAAUGAAGUUUUAACAAUUUUUUCUUCGCUGUCACAUAUUCACACUCGUUGCAUUUUAGUUUUUUUGGUAGAUGUUGACUCAACAUGUGUUGACGCAUAGCAAAUUUAUGAAAAACUCCAAAUCCACAAAGAUCACAAAAACAAUUUUUGAUUUUUUGAUGGACCUUUCGAAUAUGUCUUUCCAUAUCUAAUUUCAACAUUUUCUUACAAAUUGGACAUUUGUUUGGCUUCACGUUCUUCCUAAAGAUUUUUAUAUGUUUGCUCUUAAUGUGUUUAUCAAUUGAGGCUUGAUCAACAGCUUUAAAUUCACAAUGUUCGCAAGAAAUAGCAUGGUAACGAAAUAUGUGACGUUUCAAGGCAUGUUCUUUUAAAAAACGAGUUUCACAAAGUGGACAUUUGAUUUUUGUCGGAUUCCUUUUAUUUUUUUGAUCAUUAAGCGGAGUUGAGAAAAUUUCUUGAGUCGUUAUCGUUAAGUCUGAUUCUUCUAAUUUCAAAUAUUUUUCUGAUAUCACAGGAAUAUUUAUUCUUUCUAAUUUCACUACUGGCUGCAGAUUGACAUGUGUUACGUUCAUAAGAGUCAAUUUGUGGAGAUCCUUCAACUCUUCGAGGUUUUCAUUCUGAAUAAUUUCCAAGAAUUUAUUUUGCUUAGCGAUUGUCAACAUCCGAAAAUUAUUGAACUGCUUUAAAUUACGAACACAUUCAUCACAAACUUUUGAAGCAAGGUGCGAUGGUUGAAGAUUCAGUUGAGUGAUUUCUAUGAGUGUGUUUAACGAUUGAUCAUCAGCUGAAUGUUUAGUUUCGACUACAUCCAACAUUUUGAAGCAACAGCGACAGUAGUCACAACUAGUGAUGUUGAAUUCAUCAUCUGGUUCGAUCUUAACGGUGACAAACUCUUGAGCAACCGAGCCGCACUCAUAAUUCGAAAUUAUAUUAUCAUUCCAUUCGUUAGUUGAUGAACUGGCAGAUGAAUGCAUUUUUUUUCUUCUGCGAUAUGCUUUCUGAUUAGCCCUACAUCUCAUUCUAAAUAUUUCAGCAGUUUUUUUAUUUUCUAGCUGCCGUUUCUUGUAGGCUGCACGUCGUUUUCUUGAUCCUUCCCUCGCCCUUAACAAUUUUUUAUAAUUUUCUGGAAGCUUGAGAGACGCUAGGUACUUUUUCUGUCUCUCCCAUUUUCCAGAUGUUUUUCUUGAUGCCUCCAUAUCUGCAAUCAUUAUUUUGCAAAACAAUUUGUUUACAUGGGACUGAAACUUUUCGCUUCUUUUACACAUUUGAAUUGAAACGUUGGGAUUAAAAACUGAUGAAGAAAUAUUUUUGAAAAUGAAUGAAACUUUUCUAUUUUCAAUAAAUUUCCUCUGAUGUGUUUGCUUACACUUUUCAAAACAUUUUACUUGAGACUUAUUUUCAAACUUUAAUGUACUUCAUUUCGAAAAUUCUCUUGAAAU